GCUGGUGCUGGACGGACGCUGGCUGGUGGGCAGGUGGCUGGUGUACGUCUGUUUUAUUUUCACGGCUCUGGAUCUGAAUAAUAUGAAUUUGUAUUGAACUUUAACUUUGAUAUCCUCAGGUAUUUAAGUUAACUCAACCUUAAAAAAUUCAGAAAUUGCACAACCAAACCAACAAGGUGAACUUUUUCAAUCACGUAAAACUCAAGUACUGCAAGGAGAAUCAAAGCAAUGGAAUCAGUCAAAACAUUUGUAUUUUUUGACUUGGAAACUACCGGACUACCUCCGUCUAGCCCAAAAAUUACAGAAAUUGCUUUUAUUGCCACCAGUAAAGAAGAAAUCUUGGCAAAACAUGAUGGAAUUGCUAAAGAAAACAAUUUUGGUCAUUGUUACUUACCGAGAGUGAUAAACAAGAUAAAUUUAGCUGUCUAUCCCUGCAAGAUGAUACAUCCUGCAGCCUCUGCAGUUUCAGGUUUGACGAAUGAAAAUUUGGAACACGUAAAACCUUUUGAUGAUGGCUUAUUCAAUAUCCUCAAACUGUUCCUGGACAGAUUGGAGAAACCAUUAUGUUUUGUUGCUCACAACGGCAACAAGUUCGACUAUCCCAUUUUGAAGUCUGAGCUUCUGAAAAUUGGAAAGGAGUUCCCAGGAGAGAUAUUCUGUGUAGAUACACUGCCUGGAUUUCGAGAACUCCUCUCUCCAAAGUGUGAAGAAAAUGGUGAUGUGUUCAACGAUAUUCGACCACUAGAGUCUACCAGCAACGUUCCUGUCAGCCCUGUAGCCUACAGAGCCAUUGAUCUCGUACCAAAAUGUGGCUUCUCACAAGAAGAUUACGACCUAGAGAUGAUUAAAACUUUGGAAGUCGCAGAAAGAAUCACCCAAGAAUAUGAUCAUUUCAAUGCAAAGGAAAUAGAACAGAGAAUCCAACUAGAAAUGGAGAAGAUGAGGAAAGCUAACGAGACCACCCCAGAGAGAAAACCAAGAACUACUCCGUAUCCAGUGGGUGACCAUGCCAAGAGGAAGAUUUUAAGUGAUGCUAAAAAACAGAAACCCAAAUUUACCUUGAGCGCGAUAUAUGAAAGAGUUACAAAAAAGGAGUUUGUGAAUGCUCAUAGAGCUGAAAACGAUGCCUUGGCAAUUUUGGAAUGUGUCACUGCGAUCGGUCUGCCAGUCAUCGAAUGGAUGGAUUGUAACAAAAUACCAUUUAGAAGCGUCAAGAAAAUGUGGUAGAUUACCACAAAAAAGGAUUUUAUAUCCAUGUAUUGUAGAGUAAUAGUCUGGUACAUGUAUUCCAUGCAGUUGGCAAAUCAUACUUUUGUGGGAUGCAUUGUGUACCAUGUCUCAAAUGGGGGAAUAAGUUUAUGACCAUUUGACUGACCAAACAAUUGUGAUUUAACUAAUUAGAGUUUUAUAAAGACUGAUAGUGUUAUGAAAUUUAAAAUUUUUAUGUAAAACCUUAACGUGCAAUUGCUGAAACCAUAAAACCACAUUGAAUGAUGCUCGUUGCUAGAUAAAUUUUUGUAACAUAACCAAACAAUAGUUUUGAAAACGAUAUGAUAUUUAAUUUUAAAAUUAUUUUUAUCUUAAACAAACUUUAUUUACAAAGCAAAUAUACUGAAAUACUGUAACAAUUACAGUGUACAGUAAAACCCCUCAUAUCUGGCCUAUGUGGAACCGAGCCCCUGGCCGGAUAAACCAACCUAUUAUUAAUACCCCCGCUGCAGCAAACCUGCAGACUAAGCGAAUUUCCAUUUGCCUGAUUGGAUUUACACUAAAAUGACUCCUUAAAAAUAUCACAUUUAUUCCCUAUUUAAAUAACAUUAGUUUAACGAGUACUUAGGUUUGCUGCAACAGGGAGGGUAAAAAGGUGUUUUUUUGUAAAAUGGUAAUAGUUUAGUAUGAAAUGAAUGCAUUUUCCAAAUUUGAUCAAAAUAUGAUAAUAAACAAGCAAACUACAACAGUUAUUCUCCAUAAUAAUAACAUGGGAAUUUUAAAUUUACAGUUUUUUAGAAAUUUCUCCGUAACCAUUAGGCGCAUGAUAACACAUCAAUAUACUAAAUUAUUUGUUUUUUUAAGCUCUACAAAAUGGUUUGGAAAGAAAAUGCUAAAUUUCAUGUUUUAGGGUCCAAAAUGUGAAAAACCAAUUUUUGCCCCAUAAAACCCCCCAUAAACCCCUGUUCCUAUUGUCUGAUCAUGCUGGUUCGCGAACUCGUUCGAAUAAACAUAGGUUUACACAUUUGUACCAAAUUUCAUCGAAAUUGGAUGAUUUUUGCUCGAGUUAUCGCGCUAACGGACACAUAUAUAAAUACAUAUAUAUUUAUAUAAAUAAAUAUAUAUACAUAUAUAUGAAUUUGAACGGAUGGUGUUUUUGGUCUCUAGGCAACUCAAAACGAAAAAGUAAAUCGGUCCCGGGUCCAGGUCUUACCAUGAGUACUGUGGUAAUAGCUUAUUCCCUAUAUGGGAAAUUGGCUAAUAUUCCCUUUAUGGGAAAUUCGCUAAAACGAUAAUUUGUAUCUAAUAACAACUUGCCAUUGGUUAAAAGUAGUGUUAAGUCUCUUUUUGGAAUCUACAAGCUCAGCUGAGAAGUGAAUCCGCUAAAAAUGUAUAUGAACAGGAAACAGAUAAACCAUGAGAACGCUUAAAUCAUGGAGACUACGGGUACAGCCGUGGAAUAUAUUUUUGGCUUUGAUUCUGGGAAGUGACCAGAUACGUAGACCGCAAAUUCCGAGGCCGGAUGUUAGGGGUUCUACUGUACUUCUAAUGUGCGUUUUUUUACUGGCCACUUUAUAUUAAUACUUUAGGGUUAUAGUUUUAUUUUAGUCAAAUAAUAUUUGAUCUAUUCAGUAUUUUAUUGUUAUAAACUUUCUUAAGGCCUGCAUGCAAAUUUUAAUUCUCUUAAUUGUUUGCAGCAUUUGAUUUAUUUUAAUGAUAACAAAUUACUACUGACGUGCAUUAAACCAGUAGAAUAGGUUAUUUAUAUGAUAUUAGCACUAAUAUUUUUAAAAUCAUAUUGAUGAUAUUGUUACCAAUAAAAAUAUUUUUGUAGCAUUGGGGAAUUUAUAGUACCUAUACUUGAAGUUUAGUUACGGUAAUUAUUAUAACUGUUGCUCUUCUUUUAUCAAUUUUUAUUAUUAUUUAUAUUUACAUUUGGUUUUCACCUAUAAAACCACUUGGUUUUCUACCAAUUAUGUAUUAAAAUAUUAUGUUUUUUAUUGAACUAUAAAUUAUUUAAAUAUAGGCCUACUAUUUACAAGACCUAAUAUUUUAUUAAUUUUUGUUUUAGUGCUCAUUGUGAGGAUAAAUAUUAUAACACUGAAAUGUAAAAAUAUAUUUUUUAUUCAUUUGCUUAUGCGACAGUAGUGCUUAUAUUUUAUGUGUCCAUAUAUCAAUUUUAUGUAGUAAGUUAGGCCUAUUGAUUUUGUUUUUUUAUUGCCUUGAACUGAAGUCACUUCACAUUUGUGUUUUUUUUUCAUAGCACCUCUUGAUUUGUAAUGAAAAUUGUACCAAAAACAAUUUUUAAAGAUAAAAAUAAAUAUUUUUGUA